AGCGCCCCUCGCCAGUCUCCGCUCGAAUCGCGGGCGAACGAACGUAUACGAAUGGCGCGCGCCAUUUCUAAACCGCUCGCCAACCCGACCAAAUUAAAUAAUCCUCUCUCUUACCGCGCGCUCCCCGCGUUCAUGCCGCCUUCGUAAACCGGCCGCGUUAUGUUCAGGUCAGACGACCGCGACUUCGAGUGGACGAACAACCAAGUGAUCGCGCUAGUUAAUGAAUACAAAAACAGGCCGUUGCUAUGGGACCAGAACCAUGACUUGUUUAGAGCACAGACCGCUAAAUAUGAAGCGUGGACGGAAAUCGCUCAGCUGUAUGACAUGGAAGUCACAGAUCUGCGCAAGAAAUUCAACUCGAUAUUGGCUUCGCAUCGCCGGGAAAAAGCCAGAGUUCGGUUCGGGACGCGCUCCAGUUGGUUCUUGUAUGAUCAUCUCAGCUUCUUGCCGAGCCACGUUGAUAACCCAAAAGACUCUGUGACGAAAGUGGUCGUGAAACCGUCUGAAGAACUAAUGGAAGAAGAAGACCAGGACAGUGAUUUAGACAAUGACCUCGACGUGUCCCAUCAAGAGAUCAUCAUCAAAAACGAGCCAGAGGUCACGACUCCACCCAAAAUGGUCACCUUGUACAAAAGACGACCCCGCAUCGUCAAGCACAUCGCCAAACCAAGGAACGAUACACCAAUAUCUGAAGCUAUGAAAAUCAUCAAAACUUCUACUGUAUCAAAAAGGAAAGACGAAUGUGAUAGCUUCGGAGACUAUAUAGCAGUGUCUUUAAGAAAACAUGAUGAACGGACUCGGUCGAUGAUCAAACAGGCUAUUAAUAAUAUACUAUUUGAACAGGAGAUGAAGAAGUAUAGUUCCCCACAUUUCACCAUGGUUGAUGUGGAAGAGAAUCCGCUCACUCUUGGUGAUGGAGACGAUGAUUGUGAUAAGUGAUGGACUGACGUUAGCAGUUAGUUGGUUGUAUUUACUUCUAAAUAUGAUAAUAGUUUUAUAGAAAGGUACUAUAAUAAUUCAUGUCUGUAACAAUGAAAAUAUCACUCCGAUUUACAAUUAGGUACAAUGCCUUGAAAGUAUAUUUUAUAAGAAGACUUUUGUUUGAAUAUGCCAUUAUAGUGUUAAUGGAGCAAUAGUAGGUACUAUAUUUAAUUUUAUUAGCUCUAAUUUGAAAAAUAACAAGUUGAUUAACAUUGUAUCUACGGAAAAUAUUAUUUAAACAUUCAAAUUGUAUAUAAUUAAGAUUUAGAUUAAUCUUAUCUAAGCUUGUGAUAAUAAAAAGUUGAAAACA